AUCCAUAUACCAAAACUCACACCACACAUUCAAAUGCUAAAAAUCCACACAAAUAUUUUGUACUAAUAUUAUUCAUUCAUUCUUCACACUAUUGAUCUCACAACAUUCAUUCAUUCACCAUGGCAAUGGCAACACAAGCCUCUCUCUUCACACCACCACUCUCAACUCCAAAAACAUGGAAACAACCCUCCACUCUAUCUUUCAUCUCUCUCAAACCAACCAAAUUCACACCAAGAACAACAAAAAUUGCUGCAACAGAAGACAAAACCGAUGCAGCAACCGAUGUAGCAACAAAAGAAGCACCAGUUGGAUUCACCCCACCUGAGCUAGACCCAAACACACCUUCUCCAAUUUUCGGUGGAAGCACCGGUGGAUUAUUGCGUAAGGCCCAAGUGGAAGAAUUCUAUGUUAUCACAUGGGAAUCACCUAAAGAACAGAUUUUUGAGAUGCCAACUGGUGGUGCAGCUAUAAUGAGAGAGGGUCCUAAUCUUCUCAAAUUGGCUAGGAAAGAACAGUGUUUGGCUUUAGGAACUCGAUUGAGGUCAAAGUACAAGAUUAAGUAUCAGUUUUAUAGGGUGUUCCCUAGUGGUGAAGUUCAAUAUUUGCAUCCUAAGGAUGGUGUUUAUCCAGAGAAGGUUAAUCCAGGUCGUCAAGGGGUUGGUGUGAAUUUCAGGUCUAUUGGGAAGAAUGUUAGCCCAAUUGAGGUUAAGUUUACUGGUAAGCAACCUUAUGAUGUUUAAGGAAUUAUCUAGCCCUCAAGGUGUUUGCUUAAUUGCUUAUGUAAUGGUGUUAUGUACUUAUUAUAAUCACAUUAUUUCUGUCAGAAAUUAUGCUAAACUCUUUACCUGUAUUUAAUUUUAUGAUCACUGCUUUUGUCAAACA